CUCAACGCGCAAACCAUCAAGAAUGCGGGGCCUCUGCCUCGCAUCGACGAUCUUCUCGAGCGACUGGGCGGCGCGAAGUAUUUUUCCAAGUUGGACUUGAAAUCGGGAUAUCAUCAAAUCUCGAUCCAGCCACACGAUCGCUACAAGACCGCGUUCAAGACACGGUACGGGCAUUUUGAGUGGGUGGUCAUGCCUUUUGGCCUCACCAACGCCCCGACGACGUUCCAGGCGGCGAUGACCAACGAGUUCCGUGCAAUGUUGGACCGGUUCGUGCUGGUCUACUUAGACGAUAUUCUCGUCUACAGUCGGUCAUUGGAGGAUCAUUUGGGGCACCUUCGACGAGUAUUGGAGACGCUCCGCCGCGCCAAGUACAAGACCAACCGCGACAAGUACAAGAUUCAAGCCGUCCAGGAGUGGCCGGAGCCUCGGAACGUCACGGAAGUUCGCUCGUUCCUUGGUCUUACCGGCUACUAUCAGCGCUUUAUCGAAGGCUACUCCAAGAUCGCGGCCCACUUGAACAAACUUCAGUGCGAGGAUCGUCCGUUUGAAUUUGGAGAGGAGGCGCGGGGAUCAUUCCUCGCUCUCAAAGCCGCGCUAUUGUCUGCGGAGGUCUUGCGAAUCUACGACCCACUCGCACCUACGCGUGUCACUACGGAUGCGUCAGGAUAUGGCAUUGGCGCAGUCCUCGAGCAACAUGAUGGUGUGGACUGGCACCCGGUCGAGUACUUCAGCAAGAAAGUGCCCCUCGUGCAUUCCAUCGACGAUGCACGCAAGAAGGAGCUCCUCGCCUUCGUCCACGCGCUCAAGCGRWGGCGGCACUUCCUCCUUGGUCGAAGCCAAUUUCGCUGGGUAACGGACAACAAUUCGUUGGUCUUCUACAAGACCCAGGACACCGUCAACAGCACCAUCGCUCGAUGGAUGGCUUUCAUCGACCAGUUCGACUUCUUUCCCGAUCACAUUCCCGGGAAGUCGAACCSUUUUGCGGAUGCUCUUUCACGRCGUCCRGAUCAUUGUACCGCGGUCUACUCAACUUUCGAGAUUGACGACGACCUGCGGAACAGCUUCAUCCGCGGCUACCAAGCCGACCCCGAGUUUCGCGACAAGUACGCGAAUUGUUCCUCGCCUAAUCCGUCUCCUUCUCACUACCGGAUCCAGGAGGGAUACUUGCUUGUCCACACGCGGGGGAAGGACCUUCUUUGCGUACCAAGUGAUCCUCACUUGCGUACACAACUUCUUGGCGAGUUCCACGAUGCUCCCGCCACUGGACACUUCGGGGUCAAUCGCACGAUUGGCCGACUUCGCCAGCGAUUUUGGUGGCCUGGCCUUCUCAGCGACGUCACGCACUAUUGCGAGUCUUGCGAGGUUUGCCGACGCUGCAAAUCCCGCAACCAUCGUCCGUACGGCGAGCUACGACCAUUGCCGGUCCCGUUGAGGCGAAGGGAAGCGAUUGCCAUGGACAUUACCGGCCCGUUCCCCAAGCACAAGACCGGAGUGGAUGGGAUUCUCACGGUGGUCGACCGACUCACCAAGUUCGCCAUGUUUUUGCCUUGUAGCUAUCAUGCCAAGGCACUGGAGUUGGCCGAGGUUCUGUACGCCGGUUGGAUUCGCACCAAGGGUUACCCUAAGGAGAUCGUCUGUGACCGCGACACUCGGUUCAUGUCCGAUUUUUGGUUGGCACUCAUCAAACGAUGGGGCUUAUCUCUCAAGCCCAGUUCAGCUCGCCACCCUCAGCCCCGACCAGAAAGACUGGGUUAAGCGACUGCCGGAUGUCGAGUUGGCCUACAACUCUUCCAUCCACCCGGCUAUUGGGAUAUCGCCCUUCGAG